AUGUCUGAUUUGCCAGAACCAGCAGUCUCUGCUGAACUUAAGGCUUGGUUAUACAAUGUUAAUACCGAAUCCAUACCCAAAGCUCUAGCGGCUUUUCCGCGAGCAGACAGUCCAAGCCCCUACGGCGACAAUUACCCAGCUGUCAGACUCCGAGGAUUCUCACGGUUCAGAACCGUGGAGGGCGAUAGCGAUACCGCCGUUAAAGGCAAAACGCCUGCCAAACACCGUAGAGUUUCCUAUUCUAAAUCCAGGGAGGUUGUCUCCCAACAUGAUUUUGACCCAAUUGAGGGUUCAACCUCUAAUUAUAAUCUUCAGGUGGUAGAUGAAUACUAUGCAGAACAUUCGGAUAAUUAUGCUCCACCUCAUAAGACAUCCUGA